AUGGCUGCCGAGGGACGCGGCCCCCGCGCCCAGCUCUGGGCGGCGGCGCUGCUCCUGCUCGGUCUGCCGUGCCUCUCCGUGAGGGCGGAUGGGAAGCUUUUUGUGCUGGAGUCUCAGAAUGGCUCUCGGGGCCUAGAACUGGAGGUGGCUCGGCUUUCCUGCAAGAGCAGGGGUGCUCACCUGGUGUCUGCGGAAGAGCUGCGGAGGGUGGUCCAGGAUUGUGCCUUUGCGGUGUGCACCACUGGCUGGUUGGCGGAUGGCACCCUGGGGACAACCGUGUGUAGCAAAGGGAGCAAUGAACAGCAAAUCAUGAGAGCCGUUGAUGUGAGAAUUGAAAGCAACCCAGUUCCUGGUGGCACGUACAGUGCCCUUUGUAUUAAGGAUGAAGAGAAGCCGUGUGGAGACCCGCCUUCGUUCCCACACACCAUCCUGCAGGGCCGCACGGGCCUGGAGAUGGGGGACGAGCUGCUGUACAUGUGCGCCCCGGGCCACGUCACGGGCCACCGCGAAACCGCCUUCACCCUACUGUGUAACGGCUGUGGGGAGUGGUACGGCCUGGUGCAGGUCUGCGGGAAAGAUGCAGCUGAGGCACAUAUUGACUAUGAGGAUAAUUUCCCGGAUGACAGAUCCGUGUCAUUCAGAGAGCUCAUGGAGGACUCGCGGACAGGGGCAGAGGAGGACAGAGGUCUGGGAGAGGCCUCUGAGGAGGCUCCGAGACAGGACCGUCUGGUCUCCAUUUCUGUGGGGAGAGAAAACAUAGCCCAGGAUACAGCCUUUGUGCCAACUACAGGCUUGUCCAUCACGGGAAGCAGUGUCCCCACAGACCUGCCAGGAUCCCAGCUAAACCAGAAGUACUUGUUCUGGUUUCCUGCUGAGAACUUCCACAAGCCUGAGCUGGAGAAGGAGAUGAAUGAUGGCACCAAAAAGCAGUUUCCGGCUAGAGACAACCAUAGUAGCCCAACACCAGCUCCAGGUAAACCUGAAGCUGAGGUGAUCUAUAGCAGCACUCAUGGUCCUUUGGGGCCAUUCUUGGGCAGGACUGACAGCAAGACAGGGGACCCAAUGGUGAGCAGCAGUGAUGAGUCCUGGUUAGAUGGCUACCCUGUGACUGAUGGGGCUUGGAGGAAGACAGAGGCAGAAGAGGAGGAAGAUGGGGACAAGGGAGAUGGGUCAGUAGGGCUGGAAGAGAGGGUUCCCGUUAGUCCUAAUCAGCCCAUUCCUGUAGAAAUUAAGAAGCCUGGGAGUACCACCCUCACACCAAGUGACGACAUGACCCGUAGUUCAGUUCUUCCCUCUCAAACACCAGACGUAGAAGCUUUGGCUCUCAGACCAGUGAAUGUGUCUGAAACUGAGAGUCCCAGCAAGGGAGAUGGUGACUUGACCAGGUACCAGUCAACUGUUCCCUGGAGCUUUGCCACAGAGUCAUCUCCCAUGGCCACCCUACCCUAUGAACUCACCAGCUCUACCCUGGGGACAGUGACAACUGCUGUCCAGCAGAUGCCGAAUCGCAUUCCCUCAACUAUCAUGGCGGCCAGCCAGACUCCAGGGGAAACCAUUGCUACUGAGGUCCAGGAUAGUUUCCCAUACCUGCUGUCUGAGGAAUUCUUGGGACAGGAAAGCCCUGACCCAGGUACAGGUAAGGAGCUUCUUCCAAGUGUGGAGCCAUGUAUAGGGGAUGGGUGUCCCGGCCUCAGCGGAGGCCCUGUCAUUGCCACCACUGUCACUGUCCUGUGUCUGCUGGUGCUCCUGGCAGGCGUGGGGGCAGUGUGGGGCCACCGCAAGUGCCAGCACAAGAGCUCCGUGUACAAGCUGAAUGCUGGGCAGCGGCAGGCGCGGCACUACCACCAGCAGAUUGAGAUGGAGAAGGUCUAGCCACCCUCAGAGCUGGCUCUCCCAAAGCCACUUAGGAGG